CUUAUGAUUCGAACUUUUUGGUAUCUCCGCCAAAACCCGAAGCAUUCACUGUCAACCCUUGACAGGCUUAGCCGCCUUUGUGUUUUCUCAGGUUUUUCAUGUCUUGUUCUUGCAUAUUUUGCUAAUGGGUCAGCAUCUCUCUUCGAGGUUCGAACGGAAUAUAUUACUUGACUACACAUGUCUUAUGAUGAUUCUUAUAUAUCGAUGGAUGUAACGGAGAACGCCCCAGAAGAGGCUUCAGCUUCAACAUGGAAGCGGAUCUCGGCCAUCAGGCAAACAGCUUCAGAAGCAUUCAGAAGAAAACCAAUCUCACAUUGGAUUCUUCUUGCUCUAAGCAGUGUAGCAAUGCUUGUGGCGUUCCCCGCUUCGUCUAUACUUUCCCGUGUCUAUUACGACAACGGUGGGAAGAGCAAAUGGAUCAUUUCCUGGGUAUCGGUCGUCGGCUGGCCUAUUCCCGCUCUAUUGUUGUUUCCCAUGUAUUUCUUAUCUGAUAUCCAUCCUACCCCUCUGAAUUGGAAGCUCAUUGUUUCUUAUGUUGUGCUGGGAUUCUUAAGUGCAGCUGAUAACCUCAUGUAUGCAUAUGCUUAUGCAUACCUCCCUGCUUCUACCGCUUCACUUUUGGCUUCGUCAUCGCUCGUGUUCUCUGUACUAUUCGGUUACCUUCUUGCCAAGAAUCGACUUAAUGCCUCGAUACUGAAUGCUGCGUUCAUUAUCACAGCUGCAGUUGUGAUGAUCGGUUUGGAUUCGAAUUCAGAUAGAUAUGGAGGCAUAACCAAUCAGCAAUACAUAUUAGGAUUCGUAUGGGAUAUAUUAGGCUCCGCUCUCCACGGACUCAUCUUCGCUCUAUCCGAGCUAGUUUUCAUAAAGCUCCUCGACAGAAAGUCUUUCCACGUUGUGUUGGAACAACAAGUAAUGGUUUCAUUUUUCGCCUUCUUGUUUACGACUCUUGGCGUCGUUCUAAAUAAUGAUUUUCAGAACAUGAAAUCAGAAGCUGAAAGUUUCGUCGGUGGUAAGUCGUCGUAUUUGCUCGUGCUUAUUUGGAGUGCAGUUUCUUUCCAGUUAGGAGUGUUGGGAGGAACUGCUGUUCUGUUUUUAUCAUCGACCAUUCUUGCUGGCGUCUUGAAUGCGGUUCGGGUGCCUAUUACGAGUAUUGGUGCUGUCAUUUUCUUGAAAGAUCCUAUGAGUGGCUUCAAGAUCCUCUCUUUAGUUAUCACUUUCUGGGGAUUCAGCUCCUACAUUUAUGGCAGUUCUUCUAUAAGUAAGCAAUCCUAAACUUAUACUGUUCUUGCAUUUUCGACUCUCGAAUUGUUGAUUACGACCCGAGUAUGUUAGCAUCGCCCUAUGAUUUGGUCAUUUUACUUUAAGAUCUCUUUGUAUAGUCUCUUAGAUCAUAAGCUUGCUUUGCUGAGUGUUCUUGUUCCUUAAAUUUUGUUACAUUUGACUUAUAAUUUACUGUUUGUUUUGUGUGAA